AUGCCUCGAUUGCAGAUCCUACACCAUAAAUCCUAUCAUCCCUAUUUGGAGAAGAACAAACAGCGAGUAAGGGAAGAUGAAGCUAGAGCUCAUGCAGAAGAACUCGCUGAAGAGCAAAAAGAGAUAGAUACUGAAGCAGGAGAACGAUUAUCGAUAUUACGUCGAAGAGCUGGAUCACCAUCUUUUGUGGAAAACGAAGAUGAUCUACCAUCAACUUCAUCUGCUCGUGAUUCAGCCGAUAGAUCAGGUAAAAGUCUAAUAGAUAAACAUAGGGAGAAGAAAGCUAAAGAAGAGAAAAGGGAGAAGAAGAAAAGAGAUAGAUUGGAUUUCGAUUUUCCAAGUGAAUCCGCAAGAAGGGAUAAAGGUAAAAGUAAAUUAACAAGAGAUGAGAUUGAAGAAGAAAGAGGAUCAGAUAAAUGGAAUUCUGGAGGUCAUGUGAAUCUAUUUGCGGAUAUAGAGAAAGAUGCAAAACCCGUCCCGACUCUCGCUGAAAUAGCAAAAGCCAAGAAAGAUCGUGAAUCAGAUCCAUUCACAUUAUAUCUUGGCAGACCGGAUAAGGAGACUAAACCUUGGUAUGCAGAUAAGGAUCUGAAGCGAGUGGAAGAUAAAGAUACAGGGGAAGAAGCUGAGGAAAGACGUGAAAGGGAUAGGAGGAAAGAUGCACGUUCGAAAAAUCGUCAUGAUCCUUUGACUCAUAUCUCAACACUACUUUCCACAUCAAAGCCUCAAUCGAAAUACCCUAACAAUCAUCGUUCGGAUAAGAAACCAUCAGAUGCUAUGGAAGCUAGAAAAGCUAGAGAACUUUCAGAAAGGGAAAGAGCCUUAGCGAUGAUAGCUAAAUCAAAAGCACCGCCGCGCACACCCGGUACAUGGGAUGAUACACCUUCAUCAGCCGGAGGUGGACGAAGUUGGGCAGAAGAAUGGGAGAGGGAACAAGCGAAAGCCGGAAGAAGGUUCUUCGAAAGACCUCCGAAUGGAAGGAGCUGGGAAGUCUAA